AUGGAUGCAAAACCAUACUGCCUGGCUAUUGCCUUGAAUACAACGUUAAUGUCCGAGAACUUUCCAGUGAAUAAAAGCCCAUCUACCAACAGCCUCCUAUGCUUCGGGGAACCCAAAUUUCAAGAGACCAGAAGAAAAGCGCUAUCACAGGCCUGGGGGCGGGCCGGGGGCAAGGCACCUCCACCCCGGCUCUCCCCGGCGCUGAGCUCCAGGACAGGCCCGUUCGGUCCCCCUCCCCCGGCGCCCCGGAGCCCAGGCCAGGCCCUGUGCUCCCCGCCCCCACCCGCCCUGCAGGACUUGGGGGCCUCCCGGCGCCUCGCCACCGCGGGCAGGACCCGGGCGGAGCGAGAAAGAAGGCGAGGAAGGCGCGGACGCCCCCACAAGGGCCUCGCGCGCCGGGGAGAGCCGGUCUCCUACCCGGAGCCGACACGGGAAGCGGGCUGGGGAUCCCGCCGAGGCCCCGCAGCGCCGUCCGCUUACCCUUCGCCGCCGCCGCGGCUUCCCCCUCCUCCUCGUCCGCCGCCGCCGCCUCUCCCACUUGGGCAGCCGUCUCCCCCGUUGUCGUCGCCGCCGCCUCCGCCACCACGGCCGCCGCCAGCGCCGAUUCCACCCGGCAGGGGGGACACCUCAGCCCUCCCUCCCUCCCCGCUCAGCCCCCUCCGUCCGGCCGCCGCCGCUACCGCCGCCAACUCCCUCCGGCCGCUACCGGACGGAGGCGUCCCGGAGUCUUUCCCCUUGGGCGCGCGAGGGGGCCGCGCGGGCUGGCCGGGCUGGGCCGGGCUGGAGCCGAGCCUACGCUCUCGCUCGCUCUCGCCGCCGCGGCUCCGCCAGCCCAGUCCGCAUCAAAAUACGGCCACACAAUAUGGCGGCGCGGCGGCCGGCAAACACCGCGAGAUCUGCGGCCGCGGCCCAGGCGGCGGCUGUGACGAGGCCUCCCUCCACCGGGUGGCGGGGAUGCUCUCUUUUCCCCGCCCCACCUCCGGCGCUCGCUUGCGGUCCCCACGCCCGUCUGUCUCGCCGUGGCUGAGUGGGGCGGCGGGGGUGAGGGAACGACGAGCCGGGGCGCGCGCGGGCUGGGGAGACGAGCGCGGCUUCCCUCGGAAUCGGGCGGGAGAGGGAGGCCCUGAGCCCCGACCCGCGCGCGCGCCGCCGCCUUCGCCGCUGAGGGGCUCUCGCGCGCGGGGCCGGAAGCGAGUGACAGGCCGCCCGGGUGGGUCGGCGGCCACGCACGGGGGUGUCCCCGAAGGCGAGGUGCGCCGCGGAGCAGGUGGGCCCGCGGAGGAGGCGAGCGCCGGGCCUGAGGGACCUCCGGGCCUGCGAGCCGGACACACCCCCUUGGAGCCCGGCCGCGCCGAGGCCGCGGCUCAGCCGGGAGGGACCCCGCGUGGGGACGGAGCCCGGGCGUUGCUGGACGCGUCCUGGAAGCCGCGGAGUUUGGAUCGGGUUCUGGAGUUUCCUUGA